CAGGAAGCACAAGUAAUGCAAAGAGUAGCUGAAAUGAGACGUGAAGGAUUAUGGUCGUCGAGAAGGUUACCGAAAGUUCACGAACCUGCACGAAACAAAGCACACUGGGAUUAUUUACUGGAAGAGAUGCAGUGGCUGGCCACUGAUUUUGUGCAGGAAAGAAAAUGGAAGAAAGCGGCAUGUAGGAAGAUAGCGAGAAUGGUAGCUAAAUAUCAUCAAGAUAUAGAACAGAAGGAAGUCAAGGCAGAGAAAGAAGAGGCUCUAAAAGUGAAACGUAUUGCCUCACAGAUGGCUAAACUAGUGAAAGAAUUCUGGUCUAAUAUUGAAAAGGUAGUGCAAUACAAACAACAGUCCCGACAAGAUGAACGUAAAAAGAAAGCGUUGGACGUUCAUCUUAAUUUUAUCGUCGAUCAAACUGAGAAAUAUUCGUCAUGGUUAACAGAAACAUUACAUCAAGGCAGCAGUGUUGGUCCGUCAUCUGUUAAUGGUUCUAUUUCUUCACCAGCUCAUUCUAGUGAGGGAGACAUGGAAUUUGAACCAACAGGAAGUCUGACUGAUGAUGAAGAAACUAUAGAAAAAGAAGAAAAUGAAUCGGGACUUGAUGAUGAAUCUACUCAGAAAGAGUUGGAAGAAUUACAGAAAGAGAGUGAAUUACCUAUAGAAGAUUUAUUAAAAACAUUACCCUCAGAAGUUUUAGACACCCCUGCCCCAUUACCUAAUCCUGAUUCUAGUUCUGAUGAAGAGGAUGUAGAAGAUACAAUUGAAGAGCAGGAGAAACAUGAAAAAAAUACUAUGGAAGAAUUAAAUGAACUGCAAGCUGAAGGUGAAAUGUCUAUAGAGGAUCUAGUAAAGAAGUAUGCUGGAGCAUAUGACAGUGAUUUUGAAAUGCCACAAAGUGAGGAAGAAUCAGACGAAAGUACUGAUGAAGAAUCCGAAGAGGAAGAGGAAGAAGAUGAUAUGAUGGAGUCUGAUGUUGGUCUGGAUUUCUUAUUAAAAUCACAAGAUGAGGCUUCACCUCAAAAGCCUAUAGAAGUAAAAGAAGAGACAGGUCCUGGUAAAGAAUUAACAGAUGCAGCAGCCGAAGCUCUCAGUUUACAACCUAAAGGUUAUACUUUAGAAACUACUGAGGUGAAAACAAAGGUACCGUUCCUGUUAAAACAUACAUUACGAGAAUAUCAACAUGUAGGUUUAGACUGGCUAGCUACUAUGUAUACUAAAAGACUCAAUGGUAUACUGGCUGAUGAGAUGGGGCUUGGUAAAACUAUACAAACUAUCUCUGUCUUAUCUCAUCUUGCUUGUGAAAAAGGUAUCUGGGGUCCUCAUCUUAUCGUAGUACCAACUAGUGUCAUGUUGAACUGGGAAAUAGAACUCAAAAAAUGGUGUCCAGCUUUUAAAAUACUGACGUAUUACGGUAGUCAGAAAGAACGAAAACAGAAACGCACAGGUUGGACUAAAACGAACGCAUUCCAUGUUUGUAUAACAUCAUAUAAACUAGUUAUACAGGACCAUGCUGCCUUCAGACGUAAAAAAUGGAAAUAUUUAAUUUUAGAUGAGGCUCAAAAUAUCAAAAAUUUCAAGUCACAGAGGUGGCAGAUGUUGCUGAAUUUUCAAAGUCAGAGACGACUGCUGCUUACUGGAACACCUUUACAGAACAGUUUGAUGGAGCUCUGGUCUCUGAUGCAUUUCCUCAUGCCCCACGUAUUUCAAUCACAUAAAGAAUUUAAAGAAUGGUUUGCCAACCCCAUGACUGGAAUGGUAGAAGGUAGUCAAGAUUAUAAUGAAGGUUUAGUCAAACGAUUGCAUAAGGUGCUGCGUCCGUUUUUAUUACGUCGUUUAAAAGAUGAUGUAGAGAAACAGAUGCCUAAAAAAUACGAACAUGUUGUGAUGUGUAAAUUAUCUAAACGUCAACGUUAUUUAUAUGAUGAAUUCAUGGGACAAACAAAAACCAAAGAAACACUAAAUGCAGGUGAUUUUUUAAGUGUUAUUAAUGUAUUAAUGCAGCUACGUAAAGUUUGUAACCAUCCUAAUUUAUUUGAUCCUCGACCGAUUGUUUCCCCAUUUCAAAUGGAGGGUAUCGUCUACCACACAGCUUCUUUAGUACUCAAAGCUUUACAGUAUGAUCCUUUUAAGGAAGUAGACCUGCGAUGUUUGUAUCCCAGUUUAUCUGAAAUGGAACUAGACCUACCAGCAUUCGUAGCUCAUAGAGUUCGUAAAUUACAAACACCACGGAAACUGAUCGAAGAGAUUGAUGAUAUAGCGGACCCUCCCCCCAGACCCAAACCUGGUCGAUUAAAGAAUUUAAAUUUUAGAACUUCACCUUUAGUUCUUGGUGGUAAUCAGAGUAGAUCUGCAUCACCUGUCACUGUAGUUAGAUUGGCCACGCCUACUUCACGUAGUGAGACUCCACCUUCAUCUCUAGCCACACCCACUAUUAGUGACUCGUGGGAUGCCUUAUCUGAAAACUCAUUGAUUUUUUUAAUUUCGUCUUUUACAGCAGCAAGUCGUACUACCAUAGUAACACCUACAACAGUCACAUCUGCUACCCCAGUAACACAAAUAAAAACAUUACCAGUUCAGUUACCCUCAGGUAGUGUUGUUAGUACACAGAAACCUGUCAUGAGAGUUCCUCCCCUUACUUCAGUUGAUACCAGCGCCACCUCUACUACUUCUGUGAUGUCUGCUACACGAAAUCUGUCUUCUCUUUCUACAGUUACUGCUGCACAAGGUAGUGUUUCACCAACCUAUGCCCAAAGAUGUGAAAAAACAACUGGCAAGAGAACUUCAUCAAAAAUACUGUCUGCCUCAGCCAUUGCUGCUAUAAAAACUAACGAACCACAGACCUCGAGUAGCCCAGUUCAACCAGCCCCAGUUGUCACACGGAGAAAAUCUAAACCUAUACCUCAAUCAGAACUACACUUGGUACCAUUAAAAGAAAAGCGUGAAAAACACAGGAAGUCUAAACUGGAAUUAAUCACACGGAUCAACAAGCGUCACUGUGAUGUUAAGCCUGUUUAUGGACAAGAUUUAUGUGAAUCUAUUGAAGCGUUCAGUGAUUUAGAUCCUACGACAGUGAACAGUAAUAUUUGGCACGGACUUGGAACAGUGUAUUGUCGGCAUGCAAAUCGUUACGAUAAUUCUCAUGGAAAUUUCUGGAAAACUACAAGUGCUUUAUCAAACAUUGUUCACACACCGGAGCAGUAUUUGACGGAACUUCAGGAUUUAUUAGAUCGUUACGUGUUUGUAACGCCCCCUGUGACAGUGCCUUCUAUAAAAAUGCACGUAUCCCACCCUCCCCCCUCCUAUUUAUUGGAACAAUCUUAUCGUGAUAAUUACCUCCGGAAAGAACUCUCUGUGUUAUCCACACCGCUACAUCGUAUUACAUCUCGGAUGCAAGUUAUGUUUCCGGAAGUUCGGUUGAUACAGUAUGACUGUGGUAAAUUACAAACAUUAGACCGACUUCUGGCACGAUUAAAAUCAGGUCAACAUCGUGUUCUAAUAUUUACUCAGAUGACGAAGAUGCUGGAUGUGUUGGAAGCGUUUUUAAAUUAUCAUGGGCAUCGAUAUUUACGUUUAGAUGGAACCACGAGGGUUGAACAGAGACAGGUUUUGAUGGACAGGUUUAAUGGUGAUAAAAGAAUAUUUUGUUUUAUUUUAUCAACACGAUCUGGGGGUAUCGGAGUGAAUCUAACUGGAGCUGAUACAGUUAUAUUCUAUGACAGUGAUUGGAACCCAACAAUGGACGCCCAGGCUCAAGAUAGAUGUCAUCGUAUUGGUCAAACUCGAGAUGUUCAUAUUUAUCGGUUAAUCAGUGAUAAAACAAUCGAAGAAAAUAUUCUCAAGAAAGCGAAUCAAAAACGUCUUUUGGGUGAUUUAGCAAUCGAGGGUGGUAAUUUUACAACUGCCUUCUUCAAACAACAGACAUUAAAAGAACUGUUUGAGGAGCCGUCAGGUUUAGAAAGUCUCGCUGACCAAAAAAAUAAAGCGAAAGUUGAAAAAUCUGAACCAAUGGAAGUUGAAAAAGUACGAGAAGUGGAAACGUCUGCUAAAAAUAAACCAGAAUCCGGCAUCAAGGAUUCUUCAGUUCUCAAACAAUUCGAAAUGGCCCUGUGUAAGGCAGAAGAUGAGACUGAUGUUAUAGCAGCUAAACAAGUCCAGGCUGAACAGAAAGCCGAGCUAGCAGAGUUUGAUGAAUCUAUUCCGUGGGAUGAGAAGGAACAAGAGAAUCGUAAAGAAGAAGAUGAAGUCUCGAAAGUUGAAUUAGAACUAGCUCAGCUUGAUAAAGAGUUGUCACCAAUAGAAAGAUAUGCUGUGGGCUAUGUAGAGGCAGAAAUGGAACCAGACGAGGACUCAUUUGAUGAGGAUGACAUUGAGAACGCUAAGAAAGACUGGGAGUUGGCCAGAUUAAAGGCUUUAAAAGAAGAGGAAGAACGAAGAGCUGAAAUGGAAGAGGAUGAAAUGUUGUACACAUACUCCGUCGAAGAUUCACAGCUGUUUAUUUCUGAUUUAGAUGAAGAAAUCAUGCCGAUGUGGGCACCCCCAACUCCACCACAAGAUGAUAAUGAUGUAUAUAUUGAUGAUAGCCUCUUGUUUCUGUAUGAACCAAACAUGAUGUCUGAAUCUCAACUACCUCCUGUGUAUAUUCGUAAAGAACAUAAAAAACCUCGUAUUGAGACAGUUACCAUGUCAUUAAUCGUUAUUUCAGCUCGUAAACAGAAACAACGUAAAGAAGAACCACCCAGAGUACCAAGAUCAUUAUUCGAUAGACCUACAGCAAUACAACAAAAACUACGUCGUGAGGCUAAGAUGCAGAAAUUAAAGCAAGGUUUAGUGAAACCGUUCCGCCCCUCUCAGCCCUUGUUAACCAAUAAAACAGUGAUGGAACCACAGGAUCAGGAUAUCCCAGAAUGGCUUAUUCAUGAAGAUUGGGCUUUAUUACAGGCUGUCCAGUCUUUAUUAAAUCUGCCAUUAAACCUACAAGUUGUCUCCCCUGCUGUGAUAAUCAAUUGGGAUCUGGUAGCAGACGUAGUUAAUAGCGGCAGCCGUGUUUAUCGUACGCCCAAGAUGUGUAAAUUCCAGUACGAGAACGUCAUCAUUCCAAGAGAAGAAGGGAGAAUACUCUAUGAUGUCAGUCCACGAAAACAGAAAAAACAAAAAGGAAUCUAUAAGUCUCAAUUUCCUACGAAGAAUAAUCGUCCAAUGAGAACAAGUCAUUUAUAUCUACAAAAUGGAACAAGUGAUUUAAAAUCGUUGUACUCCUCGCGAUUUGAUCUGGUGAAAAGUAUAUCAACGAAGCGCCCUCCCCCGUUACGACAAACCCUAGCCAAUCCAACCCUGCGUAAUCCAAAACAUGCAGCUGUCCUAGAGGAAAAUGGUAUCAACUAUGAUAAACCACUGGACCCUCUACAAGUUGCAGCAAAUAGAGCUGAGAGAAUUGCUCGAGAGAAGAAACAGUCACAGGCUGCAGCUCAAAUCAAGGUAAGAAAUGAAAAAAAUAAUUUGUAG